AUGGCGUCACGAUCACUACGAUUCAUAACUACGGUGCGUCCAAUUUCAUAUUCGGCAACGGCUCGCAAUGUUUAUGACCCUCGUGUAUUCCGUGAAGCCAUAACGGAUAUCAAACAAAUGCACGAACCACUCGACGAAAACGAUGAGCGUAAUUUUCUCUACAUUAAAGCCAUGAAAAGUGAUGAGACGCCAGUAUUCUAUAGAGAUCAUACGGUAGAUAAACUAAUACGAGUCUGUAUGAACAGUGGCAGGAAAGAGACAGCAAAACAUCACGUAUAUAGCGCUUUGGAAAUAAUUAAGAGGCGGCAGUACAAGGCAUGGUUAAAUGCUAAAGAUGAAGAGGAAAAGAGCAAGAUCGAAUUGGAUCCAUUUGUAAUUGCAAGAAAAGCAAUCGCAAAUUGCCAUCCUCUCAUGAAACUGCAAGGUGUAACUAGAGGUGGUACCACCUACCAAGUCCCAUUCCCUAUUGAGAAGGCUGAGGCGGAGUUCCGUGCGAUGAAGAUGAUGCGGGACAUUUGCCGUCAGAAGGCCGCUCAUGGAGAAACUCAUUUGAAGGACAUCCUAGCAAAUGAAUUAUUAGCAGCAAGUCAGAAUGAAGGGCUUACUAUACAGGCGAAACAGGAGCUGCACAAGACAUGCGAAGCUAAUAGAGCGUACGCUCACUAUAGAUCGUAG